CUUGUAGGUCAGGAUUCUACAAAGCAUUUGCUGGAAAUAUAAAGUGUUCAAAAUGCCCUCCACACAGCCAAACCUUUGUGGAAGCAACGUCUGUGUGUCAGUGUGAAAAGGGUUACUUUCGAGCUGAGAAGGAUCCAGCAACUAUGGCAUGUACCCGUAAGUGUGAAUCAUAUUGGUAUUUGAAAUUCUUUCCUUGUCUCUCUCAUUAUCUCAGAAGACAAAAAUAGCACUUAUUUUAUAUUCCUCUCACAAAAGCUAAAAGUAUGAGAGCAUGUUUUCGUUAAUCAAGAAUGCAAAUCAGGUUUUCAUUUAUUCCCAGUGCUCCUUUAAAUAAGCAAAAAAUGCUCUUCAAUCUAAAGUGCCUUUUAAAAACACCACCACAAUACUAGAUAGAAUGUUACCAAAACUAUAUUAUUAACAGAGUGACCACACAUUUCAAAUCUGGGUACUGGUAUACAUAAUAUAUAAUGUGUAUAAGGGGGGGGGACACCUUUGUACAAAAUGAGCAUUUCAUCCAUGCUAUACAUGGAUGAAAACACUCCAUGUACUGCAACAUAUCUAUAAAGUAUAUAUCCUGAAAAUGCCCUUGGAAAAAUAAAUACCAGACCCCUUUAACAGACUCAGAUAUAGUUGCAGUGCUUAGAGUUUAAAAUGGGACUAUAACAUCAUGGCUCAGGAUCAAAUGACCAAUUAAAACAAAAUAAAGCUAUUCCAAUUCCCAUCAGCCACUCCCAAAGGCAGUCCUGGCUGGCAAGUAACGUAGUCUAACUGUGUGAAAAGUCAUAUUGAACUUCCAUUACAGCACUCUGGCGAAGAGUCUCAAACAGUUAUACAUAUUGCCAUGGCUGUCACAACCCGCUCAUUCAAAUGAAUUGCUGAGGAAACCCGACCCACAUUACCAGCCCCUUCCCACAUGCCAAUAAGCCUUAGGAUGGUGAAUCUGGCAGGCUCUAAGGCGUUUGAUUUAUGAGUUAUGGAAGAUAGCUUAGGAAGCUGUCUUACAACUGUUUCCGGAUAUUUAUCAUGUUCUCGCACUUUCUCAACUCCACUCCGAGAUUACAUUACAAUACCCAAGUAAACACAGGUGUCAUCGUAGCCUGACAGUACAGAAUAAGUGGACUAAAAAUAACUCCUUAGCAAUGUCCAGUUUAGAUAUGGUAUUUAAAAAAUAAAAAUCCUGCUCAGCACCAUGACAACCGGCAGAACCCAUAGUGCUAGGAAUCUGGAGAGGAUUGAUCGUCCUGUUCCAGGAGGUGAUGGUGAUGGUUAUGAUGACAAUAAUGGCAAACAACAACAACUUCUACUGUGACCCUGAAUUUGUUGAGGAUUUAAAUCUAGGUUGCACAUACUCUAAUUAAAUACUAUGAGAACUGUGUUCUAACUGCCUUUGGGACUGUUAAACCUCCAGGAGGACCGAUGCAGAGGCAAAGGGUCAUUAGGGUGGAAAAGUGACCUUUGCAAAAUUGUCUGAUACCUCUUGCCUUCCUGAAUCACUUUCUGAUUCUUAAUAGUCAUCAGUGCUUAAUAUUUUGUUUAUAAACAAGACAUAUUAAUAGUUAUAAAAGAAAAUAAACCACAGUUGGCUUCUUUCUAAUUUAUGAUUUUAUAAUGUGGACAUCAGUACAAUUUCAAUCUGUCUUGUUCCUGAAUGGUGCGACACUUUAUUCUACUUAUAUGAUGGGAUAGGUUAAUGGGAUGUUGAAGCUGGAUUGCAAUUCAGUAAGAAAAGCAUAUUAAAGAUAUACUGAUCAAGGACUAGAGAAUGACAUAACAAAUCCUUCAUCCUUACUACGACUUUGGCAUGUUUCUACAACAGCAGCUCCAGACAGUAAGCCAUUUCUGAAGCACAAAGUAGUGUCAAAAUAAUUUUUGAAUGUACACCAAGAUACCUUUGUAUAUUCAACAUACCUUUAUGGAUCCCAGGCAGUAUUUUAUUCUUUUCUAUAUAAUAAAUUAUACAGGCAUUAGUAUAAUUAUUAUACCUUUACUGCACAAAACUGGAAUUGUCACAAUGUCUGAUGCAUGUUGGUGAAAAACAUUAAUCUUUUAAAACUGUCAGUAUACUUGCUUGCCUAAACAAAAUAUAUAGCAUGAAGAAAUUCCUGAGCGUAUUGCUCACAGAUGCCUGCAAAAAGGUUAUGGCUGCCAGUUUUUUUUCCCAAUGUGACAUAUAAUCUAUGCAUAAUUUAUAAGUGAUAACAAAGCAAUCAGGCCACAUUCAUAAAAAUCCCAAUGACACAUAAUUUAGCAGAAUCUGAGGAUUAGAAUUAAUUGUCUCUCUUUGUUCCAAGUUCUAAAUCUUAGUAAAUGAUUCACUGCAUGUCAUUACAGCUUAAUAUUUGCAUGAAAUCACAGUUUAGAUGGCAUAAUUUAAUGGCAAUUAAAAACCUAUUUAAUCGUCAUGCAAAUUGGCACGAGGGCCCUUGAGUAUGAAGGGUGUCUAUAUCUUCAGUAUCUGCAGGCGGACAGUUAUAAACUUUGAAACACUCCUACUACAAUUGAUAACAAUUUUCCUGUUCAGAGCAAUGUGAAUGCAUAAUAAAUCAUAUUUUUAUCCUAAAAUAAGACCAAGUUUCUCUGUACAUUUCUUUACCAAACAGAACUAUUAGCAAUCAUUGGGAAAUUGAAAAAGAAAGAAACUAACAGGCAUAUUUUUUUUUCAGGUGCACACUGAAUAUAAUUAUACAUAACAUACACAAACUAAAAUAAAUCAAGAUAGCAUACAGGUACUUUGUCAAUAAUUGGAUGUGAUGCUGCACAUAGUCUCCCUCUCUGAUACAAAAGCCUUUUUUAAAAGAAAGGGCUAAAAUUCUUAAGACUGAUUCUUCAAGAGCAAAAAUGGGAGGAAGUUUCAACUCCCUGAUUCUGUUUCCCCUACAACCAUCUGAUUGGUAGAAUUCGCUGUACUUCUAUUCCUGUUGGCAUUUGUAGAUAAAAGUCAAUGGGUGAGAACAGUUGUGGCCCUGAGAGUUUAAAAUCCAGAUACCAGAUUCUAUGGUGUGGGCAUAAUUUGCCAUCCUAACCAUACAAGCCCCAUCCUGACUCUGUCUCGAGUUCUGUUCCUAGUAUUUUAUCUGACUGUUUCCUGACUUUGUGUCUAACAUGUUCUUUUGUGAUCUUGGCAUGAGUUCCUGUAGGACAGUUUACAUGUUCCAUAAGAACAAUAUGAGGGUAGCUGGCUUUUGUUUUGUUUUUAAGAAUAUACCAUGUUUGCCACAUUUAAUUUGUGUCUGUAAAUGAUGAAAGAGGGCUUUGGGGGUUAUAUAUAUAUACUAGUUCUAAUGACAAACUAUUUCCCCUUUUCCUUAGGGCCUCCUUCUGCUCCAAGGAACGUAAUUUUUAACAUAAAUGAAACAGCUCUCAUGUUGGAAUGGAGCCCACCAAGUGACACAGGAGGAAGAAAAGACCUCACAUAUAGUGUCAUUUGCAAGAAAUGUGGAUCUGAUGCCAGCCAGUGUGAGAUAUGUGGAGGAGGCAUCCGAUUCAUUCCAAGACAUACUGGACUAAUCAAUUCCUCAGUAACUGUGCUUGAUUUUGUGUCUCAUGUGAACUACACUUUUGAAAUAGAAGCCAUGAAUGGAGUCUCUGAAUUAAGUUUUUCACCCAAGCAGUUCACAGCUAUCACAAUCACUACAGACCAAGAUG